CCAAUGGCCAACAAUCCAAUCCCAUUCCUGUUCCUAUAUAUCUAUAUAUAUCCAACAGCCAAGCCCUAUAUAUAUAAUUAAACUAACUGUAAUUAUCAGCACCAAUUAAUCUCGCGCCUUAUACUUAAUUGCUAGCUAGCUAUAGCUACAUUCUAUUCCAAUCCAAGAAACAUGAGCAAGGACAAGGAAACAGAGCAAGCCCAAGACGGAUCCAGACGAGGCGCCCCGCGCCUGAACGAGAGAAUUCUUUCGUCGCUGUCCAGGCGAUCGGUUGCCGCUCAUCCUUGGCAUGAUCUCGAGAUAGGACCUGGCGCACCUCAGAUUGUCAAUGUUGUUGUUGAGAUAACCAGAGGAAGCAAAGUGAAAUAUGAACUUGACAAGAAAACCGGUCUCAUUAAGGUCGAUCGAAUCUUAUAUUCAUCGGUGGUUUAUCCUCAUAACUACGGUUUCAUACCUCGCACAUUGUGUGAAGAUAACGAUCCAAUGGACGUAUUAGUCCUGAUGCAGGAGCCGGUUCUUCCUGGUUGUUUCCUUCGUGCCAGGACCAUCGGACUGAUGCCCAUGAUCGAUCAGGGAGAGAAGGAUGAUAAAAUCAUUGCAGUGUGUGCGGAUGAUCCCGAGUACCGCCACUACUCCGACAUAUCGGAGCUUCCGCCUCACCGACUUGCCGAGAUCCGUCGCUUCUUCGAAGAUUACAAGAAGAACGAGAACAAAGAGGUCGCUGUCAACGAAUUUCUGCCUUCGGCUACUGCACAUGAAGCCAUCCAGCACUCCAUGGACCUUUAUGCUGAGUACAUCAUAGAGACCCUGAGGAGAUGAGCGAAUAUGAAAUGCGCCCAAUUCCAAUAAUCCGGCGUGUUCGCUCUGAACAAAGAAAGCAGGGAUUGCUGGCCUCACACAAUAAUUAUUAUUAGUAUUAUUAUUAUUUCCUUUAUUUCUUCUUCUGCUGACCAAAUCUUAUGUACCAACUGAUUGAAUUCUUUGUAUCUCCACUAAUCUUUUUAAAUAAAAUUUAUCACAUUUCAUUCUUA